AUGUGUAUUAUAAAAGUCAGACAGUUGAAGGUUCAUUUAAAGAGCACUUUGAAAUCCUUGGAGAUGGAAUUAAAGAAGCAUCUAUUCAGCUUCUGUUCUGACCUGAAGACAGUGCAGUGUAUUACUGUUCUGAAGACAGUGCAGUGUAUUACUGUUCUGAAGACAGUGCAGUGUGUUACUGUUCUGACCUGAAGACAGUGCAGUGUAUUACUGUUCUGACCUGAAGACAGUGCAGUGUAUUACUGUUCUGACCUGAAGACAGUGCAGUGUGUUACUGUUCUGACCUGAAGACAGUGCAGUGUGUUACUGUUCUGACCUGAAGACAGUGCAGUGUGUUACUGUUCUGACCUGAAGACAGUGCAGUGUAUUACUGUUCUGACCUGAAGACAGUGCAGUGUAUUACUGUUCUGACCUGAAGACAGUGCAGUGUAUUACUGUUCUGACCUGAAGACAGUGCAGUGUAUUACUGUUCUGACCUGAAGACAGUGCAGUGUAUUACUGUUCUGACCUGAAGACAGUGCAGUGUGUUACUGUUCUGACCUGAAGACAGUGCAGUGUAUUACUGUUCUGACCUGAAGACAGUGCAGUGUAUUACUGUUCUGACCUGAAGACAGUGCAGUGUAUUACUGUUCUGACCUGAAGUCAACACAGUGAUGUAGAUACCCUUCUCUCUUCUACAAAAACCCCUUCUGAUCCGUUACUCCAUAACUGCAGUGUACAUCAACACCCAGCAGACCUGCUAUCCACCGCUGUAGAUGUCUGAGCACAUGGAGGAAGAUGCUAUCAAACCUCUAUACCAAAUAAUGUGGUUGAUGUUGUUGCUUUGAAGAAACGGUUUGGGUAUUUCUUCAAAUUACAUUACCUAUUUCUAGUGUGAUUACUGCAGAAUCUAUAACAGAUCAAAUCUAAAGACUAAUAAAGACAAAUACUUUCAAUGAUGUAGUUCUGACGUCAAAGUGAUGCCAUUUCCUUCCCCUCCGGCAGCUCAGUUCAGCUCACCGUUUCUAUUGACUUAUUUCCUCUCACCCCUAUGGACUCUGGUCUAAAGUAGUGCACUAUAAAGGGAAUAGGGUGCCAUUUGGGAUGCAGUAUACAUUUGACACUCCCACUAGCUGACAACACAUCUCUGACUAUCUGAAAACCCUUUCUCCUUGUCCAUGUGACACUUCUCUCCAGAACCAUCAACAUGAUCACGCUCCUCAUACAAGUAGCAACUCUACUACUAUGGGUGACAGGUAUUUAGUCCCUCAUGAAAGAUAUAUUUACUACUGAAGUAUAUUGCUACUGUAUAUUUCAUAUUGUCUGUUUUCAUCCACAGGGCUGUCACAAACAGACAAAGUUUACCAGACUCCUACUGAAAUACUAAAAAGACCUGAAGAUAAAGUUCAGCUCAGCUGCAGCCACAAUGUUCCAAACUACUACAUGAUACUGUGGUACCAACAGUCAGCCCAAAACACUGCUCUGAAACUCAUUGGGUAUGUGACAUUCACCAGUCCAACGGUGGAAGAUUCCUUUAAAGAGCGGUUUAAUGUGAGUGGAGAUGGUGCAACUGACAAAAUGGCGUAUCUACAUAUUCCUAAACUGAGAGAAGCUGAAGACAGUGCAGUGUAUUUCUGUGCUGCUAGUUCAGCACAGUGUUUCACUAUACCCUCUCUCCUCUACAAAAACCCUCUCUGA